CCCAUCCACCUGCAUCUACUUCUAAUCUCCCUAUCUCCCCUCUUCGCGUCAAUUCGUCGAGAUGUCGGGCCAACAAGAUAAAUCCGCCUUCGGCAUGCCCGGUUUCGUGGUGGACUUCUUGAUGGGUGGUGUUUCCGCCGCCGUCUCGAAGACCGCUGCCGCCCCCAUCGAGCGUGUCAAGCUCCUCAUCCAGAACCAGGAUGAGAUGCUCAAGUCCGGUCGUCUCGACCGCAAGUACGACGGUAUUGGCGAGUGCUUCAGCCGAACUGCCAAGAACGAGGGUGUCCUCUCCCUCUGGCGUGGUAACACGGCCAACGUCAUCCGUUACUUCCCUACCCAGGCCCUGAACUUCGCUUUCCGCGAUACCUACAAGGCGAUGUUCGCCUACAAGAAGGAGCGUGAUGGUUACGCGAAGUGGAUGGCUGGUAACUUGGCCUCCGGUGGUGCUGCUGGUGCCACCUCCCUCCUCUUCGUCUACUCCCUCGAUUACGCUCGUACUCGUCUUGCCAACGACGCCAAGUCCGCCAAGAAGGGUGGUGAGCGUCAGUUCAACGGCCUCGUAGAUGUCUACAAGAAGACCCUCGCCUCUGACGGUAUUGGCGGUCUCUACCGUGGUUUCAUGCCCUCUGUUGCUGGUAUCGUCGUCUACCGUGGUCUGUACUUCGGUAUGUACGACUCGAUCAAGCCUGUCCUCCUUACCGGUACCCUCGAGGGUAACUUCUUGGCUUCGUUCGCUCUCGGUUGGGCUGUCACCACUGGUGCCGGUAUCGCUUCCUACCCUCUCGACACCAUCCGUCGUCGUAUGAUGAUGACCUCCGGUGAGGCCGUCAAGUACAAGGGUACCAUGGAUGCCGCCCGCCAGAUCGUUGCCGCUGAGGGUGUCCGCUCGCUCUUCAAGGGUGCUGGUGCCAACAUCCUCCGUGGUGUUGCCGGUGCCGGUGUCCUGUCCAUCUACGACCAGGCCCAGCUCAUCGUGUUCGGCAAGAAGUUCAAGGGUGGAUCUGGUUAAGCGCCUUUCUACCUCUUCGAUACCCCAACAACUUGAGUUCAUGUGGUGGAAGAAGAUAAUUGCGGCGUGAGAGGGGAUGAGGUGCGUGUGGUGGUAUGCUAAGAUUGUUCUUGGUAACGAAAAGCACGACCCGGUGGUAACACACCUUGUACUUUACAUUGCCGGCAACUGUUUUUCCCUCACAGCAUUCUGUAUUACACACGACAUAUCCGGCUUGCAUUGCUUGUCUGUUUACCACUUUCUUAACUGUGUUUCCAUCGCUUGGUGCCCU